AUGGAUUGUGGAACGAUAUGCCCAAUUUGCUUUUCAGAAUACACAACCGCAGGGAACCAUCGAAUAGUGUCUCUUCAGUGCGGCCAUCUGUUUGGAAGCCAGUGCAUUGAAAAGUGGAUUGGAAAGAAGACCAAGAUGCAGUGCCCGCUGUGCUCUGGGAAAAGCACAAAAAGGCAGAUAAGGCCGAUAUAUGCAUCGAAGGUGGUUGCCAUGGAUACAGAGAAUGAGCAAAGGCUGCUGGAAAGAUGUCGGGAAGAAGAAAAGAAAAAUAAAGAGCAUGUUGAGGUCAACGCAGAGCUCCGGGCUCAGAUCGCGGCAUUGAAGGCUGAGCUGGCACGGAUUAGUCAAGAGAGGGUGGGGGAUGCGUUUGCUAUACACAAGCAAAAGAAGAUUAGUGUCAGCGUCGGAUUUAAUGCGACUAACUCUUUAAUAGGAUAUGACGAAUCAAGCUCCACUCUAGUUGUCACAAGAAAAAGCGGAAAGAGCGUGGGAGUGCAAAAGUUUGAAUCCCACGACUUUAGUAAGUCCGAGUUUAUCGGGCUGGGAGAAGGGUCGUUUAUAAGGAGCAUGUCCCUGAGUCCUUUCAAUGAAGGGAUUGGGCUGUUUCCGACCGGAAACGUACUGAACAUCAUGGAUGUAUACAGCAGCUGUGUAGUGAGCCAAUGCAUAGUCUACAACCAAAUAGAAAGCAUCUGCUUUGACAGAGAUGACAGAAAUGUAAUAUAUUGCGGAGACAAUAGGGGUGUGGUAUACUUCAUCAAUGCUUCAUCUCCUGAGACAUUCAAGAUGCUUAAGGUGUCGAAUAUGUCGAUCCACUCCAUAUGUAAAAAGGGCUUAGCAGUCUUUGCUUCUACAGUUUACCAGACGUACAAGAUUGUUUUUUCGGCUGAAUGCCUUCCUUGCACUUUGGAGGUGGAGCCCUACUCAAUUUGCACCAACAUGGCGGCCCAUGGAAACCAUCUCCUGCUGACGUUCCGAAGCAUCGACUUUCGGGUGAGGCAUUUUGUGUGGGGGGAAAGAGAGACCUAUUUCAGCCUAGGGAUAAAACAAACGAGAAGACAUCGAGACAAAAUAUAUAGGAACUACAUUUACGUUGUAGAUGAUGAGCGGAACACUAUUAGAAUCCUAAGGCUCCAUUCUCUCGAGGUAGUAUACACAUAUGCCUUUAAAGAGAAGGUUUUGGAUUUCUUUGUCAAUGACACAUUCUUGUUUGUACUGACAAAGUUUAUUGUUCAUAUUUUUUCUAACAGCGUUUAG